UGUGCUGUCCAAGACCACUUUUUCUCUUCUUGACACUCGCUAUCGUCCCUGUUGCAUUCCGAAAUUGAUCAGAUUGAUUGUCGCCUAGGGUCUUUUUUUGUACCCGCCCGCCCAUUCGUUCCGAACCGAUAAGAACCCCUGACACUUGGUGGUCCUGCAUAUGCAACUUGCCUGAGGGCAAGCAUCAGAGCCGUCCCAGCUCCUCUUGCACUGGCUGGCUGUGCAGACAUCCUGCUUUUAUUCUGUCGUGGCGACUCUCAUAGACGAUUCACCUCCAUGAUCAAUUGACCUGCCGAACCGAUGACAGACACAACCCAAUGCAUCUCUAUCUAAAUCUUCUUGACGACGUUCAAUAGACGAUGCCGUUCUUCUCGAAGGUCUUCAAGAGCAAGGAUGCUGGGGUCAAAAAGGCGAAUGUGCCGACCACAAAUGGCAAUACACACAAGACACCACAAUGGUCUGACGCAUGGCUACGGACGAGGGUUGACCCAGAGGAGGUGUCAGAGUUGCUGCAUUUGUGUACAUCAGAGUUGAAAUCCAGAGCGCUCGAUGUGCCCUUCCUACUACUACCAUUUCGUCCCUCAUCGGACCCUUCUGCGGCGAGAACAUUCAUGCGCAACUUCUUCCUUCCACCUCAAGAUCGAGAGCCACUGCGGGGUUCCUUGUUGCAAAAUGAAUUGCGAAUGACCGAAGUCAUGGUCUUGAUCAGUGUGAUGAAAUGGUGCUGGGCUCGUUUACCUGGCGGCGUCGUUACUUGGGAAGUCUAUGAGGGGUUCAAGGUCGGCGAGAAAGAUUCCAACUAUGCGCGCGAUGCUUUCAGUACAUUCGUCCCUCUUGGUGUCGAUUCACCCGUUCGCGUUCAAAUCAUCCAAGACUUUUUCGAUCUGAUUGCAGCCGUUGCCGCGCAUGGCAAGGCCAACGGUUUUGGUGGUCACAAACUAUCCAGGUAUGCUGGAUGGUGGGCUUUUGAGCAUUACGAUACCGGCAAGGGAUUCGAAUCUGGAUACAAAUCUUGGGAGAAUGCUGCUGAUGCAGCCGCUCACCUCUUCUUCGCCUACCUGCGAUCACUGUCACCCGGUGCAGGUAAGACGAGUGGAAUACUGAGCCUCCCCAGGUCCCUUCAACAACUCUUGGACUCAACAGUCUACCCACCCCAAAAUUCGUUGCUCCUCAACGACACUACGAAAGUGGUCAUGAUCGUAGAUGUUGUUUCGCCAACACCGUACGCCCUUCUGCGACGCGCGAAGAAAUUCGAAUACAGAGAUGACGACCAAGGGCUGCAGCAAUUUGCAAGCUAUGAUGAUCCCGUGGAAGCUCUGACUGACGAGUGUCGGCGUGUACUCAAAGCAAUUUCGUCUGCGAACCAGUCCCACAUCUCCAACGCAAAUACCUCAACAAGCCUCCGGGAUCCGUCAUGGUCGAGAUUUGAAGACAUAGGUUUUGGGAGCUCACUUGAUGAUGAGGAGGAGGAAGGAGAUGAUUUUCUCGGGCCCAAACCUGCCAGUUCCAGACCUUUGCGUACUGCACCCCGCGCAAGGGGCUAUCAAGAUCUGGCACGACCCACCACUCCAUCGUGGGCAGACUUCCUCUCAUCAGGAUUCGAUGAGCACGGCAACAGGGCUCCUGCCCCAAUCCUGCUUCCCCCUGAUAAAAUCUUACCCCCCAUCAAUGCGACAAUGAUCCGUGGUCAGAGCUCUCAGUCGCACCGAAGGAACCUGAACGCACAACCUAUCCUAGAUCCAGGUGAAUUGGCAAGCAUCACACGAACGGAUGUAGAUGAUUCAUUUUGGUGGGUUUGGAUCAGUAGUCUGGCGCCUGAAGAACCGACAUCAAGGAAGGCCGUUUUCGGUCGCUGUGCUCUAAUCGAGACUAUACUCCCAUAUGGCCACUGGAUGGUCAUGGAAGAACAAGUCAAGGGAGCUGCACCAGAACCCGCUGCUGGCGCGUAUAUCGCAGAGACCAAGAAAUCGUUCCUCGGUUUCACCACCAAAGGUGGACGAUUGACCCGAAGGCGAUCAGGAACAAAGAAGAGUCCACUCUCACCAGAACCACCAAUCGCGACGCCCAGCAAAGCUACUUUGGCUCCAGAUCAACAAGCAAAAAUCCAAAGAGCUGCGGCCGAGUUGACGAGGAAGAAGGAAGCCGAAGACAGGGAGAAUGAGGCCGCGGUGGCUCGGCGUGGUCGAAUGGCGCAGACUAUGAUUGCUUCCAAAACUAACAGCAUUUUCACGAUCGGUCCACUCAUUAAGGAUGAGGCGUCUCCGGCUCUUCAAUGGGCCAGCCAGUACGACAAGAAAGCAAUCCGGGCUAAGUACCUGGGGGACACGCUCGCUGGCCAAGGUUCACGUGAAAUGUUGACGCUGCCUUCGAACGGUAUGGGAAUCAGCAGGUCUACGUCUACUCUUUCGGUGGUGAGCAAGAAUAAGGACCUUCCCGUCCCGCCACCAGACAAUGCCUCACGGCCCGCAUUUGUCGACAGAAGUCAGUCAGAAGAAGCUCCUCAGGUUGCAACGGCACGAAUGACGCCAGCAGCAAUGUCGCCAGCACCAGUGGAACAACCUCAGCCAUUCGAAGAGGCACCACCUAUCGUCAUUGAGCCUGCCUCCAUUCCGACCGAUCCGGAAGUGCGUGUCGACAGUGAAGCUGUUCCUGAAGCUGCCGAAGUACCUCUGCCUCCUGCGACGCCGGAAAUUCCUCAGGAGCUUGCCAUGGAGAAGCCGGUUAAUGCCAGACCUCAGCCGGCUAAGUUGACCAAGUCAUUUGACGGACAGCGAAAAGUCUCACCGCCGCAGCAGAAGAAAAUCAAGGGCAAGGUCUCAAAUGGGCCGCCGCCCGCGCAGCGAAAGAGUGGCAUCCGGCGGCUGUUUGGCUCGAAACAACCAAAACCGAAUCAAUCAGGACCACGGCAGUCUCUAGAAAGUCAACCAGCUCCAGGUUCUCCGGUGGCGGCAAAUCCUGCAGUUGCUGCAGCAAGACGUGCAUUGGAGGGUAAGCCUGCACCAGACGAUGGCCCUACCUCGCCUCCAUUGAGCCCUGCCCAUUUUGCUCGACUGGCAAACGCGAAAGCACCGAAAGCGGUCCAGCAUGAUGGUGUUGACACUACGUCGAUGAGUGCGGCUGUUGAAUUAGGGUCGACGCCACAGCUCACCCAUUAUCCUGAACCUGCUCAGCAACAGUACGCACCUCCACCAGCGAUCGGACAGGAUGCAGAUUACGAUGGGCUUUCGCGAGUGGACACGAAUGAACGUGAGCAUGCCAAUCGCGAAUUUUCGAGGUUUGAUCAGGGGCCUCUGUCGGAUCAGCCAGCUUUUGAUCCUCCAGAUACUCCCAAUCGAAGUGCGUUCAUGACUCCUGCAGAGGAAAUGCCUCAAACACGCUACGAGGACAUUCCACCGGCGGACUACGGUGGCCAGGGUCAGGCACGUUAUGAAGACCAUCCAGCGCAUUACGCUAGCCAGAACCAAGUAUAUUAUGAUGAGCACCCACAGGCACCGUUCAGCGUGCACGCGGAGGUGACAGUUGAGGAGCCAGAACCCUCUGUGAUUGAGGAGGAGGAGGAAGAUGAGGCAUUCCCGCCGCAGGUCAAUCCCACCGACCGAUGGGCUCAGAUCCGCAAGAACGCGGCCGAUAGAGCAGCGAGACAGUCUGAAGAGCAGACCUCGAGAAGUCGAACGGAGACUCGAACAGACGAUGGCGAGACUAGUGGAGAAGAAACCAUUGAAUCACGCGUGGCACGGAUCAAGGCACGUGUAGCCGAACUCACCGGUAACAUGGACGGCAACCGACGAUAGACACAGACACAUUUGUGUUGUCACGUUGAACAUCAUUCCCUCUUGUGCGAGCGCGCACUCAAUUUCGACACUGACUUGAUCAUUUUCUUGACUUGGUGGCCGGAGUUUGUUUUUU